AUGAGACAGUUGCUCUUCAAGAAGCUUGGACAACCGCUACAGCGUGACAUGGUCAUGCUCAAGGGCAUUGGCAAUGUCUCCGCAGGAAGCUCACUAGGUGUGAGCACAAUUGAGCUUCGUUCGCUGUGUACGACCGCAUCAAUGCAUGUCAGCAUGCAUAUUCUACCAACACUGACGGUAGAUCUUCCAUCGUUCGUGAUCGCUGAUCCGAAAUGGCCGCAUCUUGAGAAUCUCAAGCUCGCUGACCCGCAGUAUCUACAGCCACGUCCUGUAGAUAUUAUUCUAGGUGCAUCACCAGCCGCACAGAUCAUGAACGCAGAGAUUCAACGAGGACCUCGCAAUGCUCCUAUUGCACAAUCCACCACGCUUGGUUGGAUUGUCUAUGGAGCUGUCACCGCUAAACACGCUUCAACAUCACACGCAGCACUACAUGCGUCAGUAGAUACUGAAUUACAAGACGCUAUCGCUAAGUUUUGGGAACAGGAAGAAGUUCCAUCAGGAAAUUCACCGCUCAACACCGCUGAAGAAGACGAAUGUGAAAUUCACUUUCGUCAAACGCAUUAUCGACAGCCUGAUGGACGCUACGUAGUGAGAUUACCGCUUAAGGCCCUUGAGAGUCAACUUGGCGACUCUAUCAACGCAGCUAUGGGGUCACUCCGCAGAUUAAUAACUCGCUUGUCGCGAGAAAGAGAAUAUUCUAACAUGUAUCGUGCAUUUAUGGCAGAAUACAUUCAACUAGGACACAUGGUACGAGUACCAGUCAACGAAUUGCCCGCAAAUGCUUACUUCUUGCCUCACCAUGGGGUAUUGAAGCUUGAUAGUGCCACUACGAAGCUCCGCACAGUGUUCAAUGGUUCCUGUGCAACAUCUACAGGAAUUUCAUUGAACGACAUUCUCCACGCAGGACCCAAAACGCAAAUUGACAUUUUUGAUGUGAUGUUGAGAAUCCGUUGCAGCAGGAUUCUAUUCGCUACUGACAUCACCAAGAUGUUCAGACAGAUUGAGGUCGACUCGCUUGAUUGGCCGCUUCAGUGCAUUCUCUGGAUAGAUGAGAAUGACUUAAUAGACGCUUACUGUCUCAAGACAGUCACAUACGGAACCGCUAGUGCACCUUUUGACACAGAACGUGUGCUUAUCCAACUAGUAAAGGAUGAAGGACACCGCUUUCCGCUAGCUGUUGCUCUAAUGUUGAAAACACGCUACGUAGAUGACAUCUACGGUGGAGCAGACAACGAAGAAGACGCUAUCAAGGCUGCAGUACAAACAAAAGCUCUGUGUGCAGCAGGCUGCUUCCCGCUUGCCAAAUGGGCUAGCAAUAGCCCACGGUUACUGGCUGAAGUCGCUCCAGAAAAGCAGCUGGAUACACCGCUUAAAGAAAUCAGUGAUGCACCAGUAAAAGUCCUAGGCAUGUACUGGAAUUCACGCACUGACGCUCUCCAGUUCAAGUACACGCUACCGCCAGAGACGCCCAAGACAAAAAGAGCUAUUUUGUCUGAAAUCGCUAAGCUGUAUGAUCCGCUAGGACUUCUCGCACCAAUAGUCGUCAAAGCCAAAAUCUUUAUGCAAAAUCUGUGGCUAGAUAGAGUGUCAUGGGAUGAACAAUUGUCACCAUCACUCAUUCACAAAUGGACUGGAUACCGCGAGGAUCUUCGAAACAUCGAAUCCAUCCGCAUUCCACGCUGGAAUAAUAUAGCACCUGGAGCAACUAUGGAAUUGCACGGGUUCUCAGACGCUUCGCAAAACGCUAUGGCUGCCGCUGUUUAUUUGAGAGUCACUGACGCUGAUGGGAACACAAAGGUCUCACUUCUGUGUUCAAAAACGCAAGUAGCACCGCUGAAGACCAUGACAAUCCCACGCUUGGAAUUAUCUGCCGCAUGGUUGCUAACACAACUGAUACUUCAUGUUAAAGAAGUUCAGUCGCUUGAAAAUGUCAGGAUCAAUCUCUGGACUGACUCCGCCGUGACUCUCGCAUGGAUUAAAAGUCCAGCAAUCCGCUGGAAGACAUUCGUCCGCAAUAGAGUGGGAAAAAUCCAAGAAACGCUUCGAGAUGUCUCCUGGAAAUUUAUUCCAGGAAAACAAAACCCCGCUGACUGCGCUUCAAGAGGUAUACCUACGUUAAAACUGAAACAACACGCUCUCUGGUGGCAUGGACCAACUUGGAUUCAUGAACCAGAAUCCUCUUGGCCCACUCUGGAGCCUCCAACCGACAACGCAACGCAUCGAGAAGAACGCCAAGGUCUGACACUACUAUUUCCACUGCUACGGAAGCUUAGCAUCUGGCAUCGUGCCAUCGACUGCUUUAAAAGAGUUCCACAAUCUUCGCUGGCCUACCCGCUUACUCCAUCAGACCUGGAGCGCGCUAAAUUGACCUUGAUUAAGUUCACUCAAGGACAAUACUUCGCUAGAGAGAUUCACACGCUACAAGAUGGUGAUGGUCUGCCUAAAAAUAACAGCAUCACUAAGCUGACUCCGUUCAUCGACCAUCAGGGGGUCCUGAGAGUCGGUGGCCGCUUGAAAAACGCAUUGCUGGACCCAGAAGAGAGGCAUCCAGCGAUUCUACCGCGACAAUCACCGCUUACAUCAAUUUUGAUUGAUGAUUCGCACUGCAAAACGCUUCACGGAGGUACUCAGCUUACGCUCGCUGACUUACGCAAGAGUGUCUGGAUCAUUGGAGGCCGUGUUCCAGUCAGAUCAUUUAUUUUACGCUGCGUUAUCUGCACGAGAUACCGUGGAGAACGCGCUCAACAGUUGAUGGGUCAACUACCCGCCGCACGAGUACAGCCAACUCGAGCCUUCUUGCAUACAGGACUCGACUACGCUGGACCUAUCACGCUGAAAACGUUUCAAGGACGUGGAGCAAAAACAUACAAAGGCUGGAUUGCAGUCUUUGUAUGCAUGUUCAGUUCAGCUGUACAUUUAGAGCUAGUAACUGACUACACCGCUGCCGCUUUCAUCGCCGCUUAUCGCCGCUUCACUAGUCGCCGAGGUAUCUGCCACACGCUAUAUUCAGACUGUGGAACCAAUUUUGUAGGAGCAGAUAAAGAGCUGAAACGACUAUUCGCUGCAGGAUCCCGCACAUAA